GUUGUUGAAAGUGAACGUCGAACUCGCGAUUGCAUCGUCGUAUAUAACCGCGACGGGACGUCGAAACAUGGAUAUACUAUCCAUUACACAAGAAGCGUUGAAGAAUUGGAGUGACGAGGCUCAGCGUGCCAAGCUGCUAUCUGGACUCUCAGCACAUCUUACCGAUAUUUCCCAGUCCUCGACCUUGGCGUCAUGUCUAUGUGCUAUGCUAAACGCGCUCUCUUCCGGUGCACCAGGUAAAACCGCAAGUUUGACACCGACUCAGUUAGCCGCCUUCCUCGCGGAGAUCAAGCAAUCGUUCCCUUCAUCGUCCUCUGAAGAUGGAGCUGCUGUAACACCGGAGAAGUCGGAAUACUCGGAAUUGAUUAUCGAUCUCAUAUGGACACUCGAUACUUCUUUGGAAGACGAACUUGCGGAGAUUACCGCCGCCAUCAAGGCCGAAUGGCAAACAGCGAAAGAUGCCGUCAAGGCGGACGCUAUGGAAGUGGACGUGAAGGAAGCGAAACCAGCAGUCGUGAAAGACGACAAGCCCCCUGAAAAGUCUAGCGAUCCACAGACCGAGCGCACACGGUUAAUGUGUGAAGCGCAUAAGAGGGCGCUCACGCAACUGCUGAAGGAACUCGUGAUGAAAUCUGUCAUCACGCACACCUUGGCUGUCGAGCGGCUAGAUCAGCCUCUAUUGAUAGCCGCCGGUUUAGUACGGAACGGAGCUAUGUAUGAGAAGAAAACUAGGCAAAUUCGCACAAGUCUCUUCUACAAGCAGACCAAGUUCAACCUUCUUCGCGAAGAGUCAGAAGGCUACUCCAAGCUCAUUGUUGAGUUGCUUUCUCAUCAUGAUCAACCCGCUUCGUAUACCUGGCACCGGAUGAUCUCUUUGAUCGGCUUCUUCGAUCUUGACCCCCAUCGCGUCCUGGACCUGAUCUUCGAUGUCAUGGAGAGCUCAAUUAUGACCAAGUGGCAGUGGUUUCUGGAUCUGCUUCGCGAAGCAGGUUGGGCGAAGCAUCCCAUUGUGCCAGAGGGAAAGGGAAAGGAAAGGGAAAGUGAAGGUGCUGGUGAAGAAUGGAUUGGACCCAGCCGAUUUGAAGGCAUGACCCUGGAGGAUAUCCUCAAGAGAUACGAACCCUGCGAUUCUUUGCAUUCAACCGUGGACGAGAAGAUUAUGGAUGUCCCUGCCCAAUUGCUCGGCUUCAAAUUCUGCAGUCAUAUAUACAACCAACCGAACACGCCAACAGCGCCGAGAAAAGAACUCUAUUUGAUGGUCGCCAUUCUAAUUCGCGAAGGUGUUGUAUCGCUUCCUGCACUAUAUCCCCAUCUGUAUCCCACGGAGGAUGACAUGAAGUUGCUAGAAGAACGACAUCAGAAGAACUUAAAGGAGUUAUCAGUGCCUAAGCGUACCACCAAUGCUCUGACGCGUGCCGCUCCGCUUUCGGAAGAACCAGAUCGUCCGGGAGGAUAUCGGCCUAGAACGACUACUGCCGCAGCGACGGCAGCUCCCGCAGUGGCACCCACGGGUCCACGCAAAGCAGAGCCUCCGAACCACAAAAUGGGCUUGUUGCGAGCUUUGUUGUCCGUCGGUGCCCUACGGCCAGCUCUCUGGAUUUUGACCAAGCACCCAUGGAUGUUUGGACCCUACAGCGCUCUGGCCGAUCUAUAUCUUCGGCUACUGCAAUGCUCGCUCGAACCCCUCUAUUCUCGCAUUUCCAUGGAAACUCUACACAAUUCGGUAGUAGUUGAUAUCUCAACACCCUCCAAUAAUUCAGGCUCGUCUGCGAACCCAAAACACACCAUCACUGAUCUUGCCCCCGAACCUCCACGGACUGCAGGCACGACCUUCGACUUCUUCUACGAC